UAGGCAGGCCUUGCGGACUUGAGGGCAUUUUCUGUUUUGUUCGUUUCUCGUGCCGCGAGUCAGCUGCGUGCAUGCGGCAGCAGCACAGCCCGUGCUUGUUUCCUGCAGGAACGACGGAAACAUUCAGCAGCGGCGCCUCGGCCGACUACCGGCGCUGUGUUGUGAACCGUCUGCUCUUGGCCAUGUCGUCUGCCUGACGCUACGCCGUCCCGUGUCGUCUGCCACGAAUUCACCGUCGUCGUCCCCACAACCGGUGACAGCGAAACAAAAAAAGAAAAAGGGGGGGAAAAGCAGCGAUGCAGUGCGUGCUCAAAGACAAGUUCCGUCUCUACCCGAGCGCCGAGGACGACUACGAUGUGACGCUUUCAGACAAGUCGCUGGUGUUCGAGCCAUGCGUCAAGGGCAAGGGGUUGCCGCAGUACCGCUCGCGUACCGAGGUGAAGCUCGACGACGUGAUCGGCUGUCAUGUGAUGCGCGUCGCCGAAAAUGCCACCGGGCUCAAAAAGACCGUGUCGUAUUUCUGCGUGUACGCGUACCACCUAAUUCAGAAGAAGAAGAACCUCGGCCACCGGCGCCAGAAACGGACGUACGUGUUUGCGGUGGAUAAGAGCGACCAGUACGAAGCGAACCUCGCCAUCUCCAGGGUAUGGCAGUCGGCAUUCCUCUGGCUACUCCGAGGAGUCAAGCCCGAGCGUGGUGGCGACGGCCAGGCGUUCAUUCCAGCCGAGCUGCCCGCGCAGCGACACUACCUGGUCAUCGUGAACCCAAAGAGCGGACCUGGCCGGAGUCUCGAGAUCUUCCUGCACCGGGUGCGACCGAUCCUGGCCGAGGCCGACAUCUCUCACCUGCUACUCGUCACCGAGCGCCGGAACCACGCGCGGGACUUCAUCAAGAGUCUCCGCCUGAAUCAGUGGAGCGGCAUCCUCAUCAUUUCCGGGGACGGGCUGCUUUACGAGGUGUACAACGGCCUCAUGGAGCGGCCCGACUGGGAGCUGGCCGUCAAGAUACCCAUCGGCAUCAUCCCCGGUGGAUCUGGAAACGGCCUGGCGCGCACCAUCAGCCACGCCGCCAAUGAGCCCUACGUGAGCGAUCCGAUUCUGGCGUCCACGUUGGGAAUCGCCAAGGGACGGGUGGCCCCUCUGGACCUGAUGAAGGUGGAGACGCCGUCGGGACCUCUCUACUCGUUCCUGAACGUCGGCUGGGGCAUCAUGGCCGACAUCGACAUCGAGUCCGAGAAGCUGCGUGCCAUCGGGGAGAUACGCUUCACCCUGUGGGCCUUUUGGAGGGUCUUCAACCUGCGCACCUACCACGGCCGGAUAUCGUACCUGCCGGCCACCGAGAAGAUGAAGGGCGGCAACGGAGUCAUCUCGCGGCUGGUGACGUCACCGUCGUCGCGCAACGGGCCCUCGUCACCCCCUCCGCCCCGCAACCAGUCGUCGGGCGCCGACCUCGGCGAACUACGCGGCCAGAACGGCAACACGCGGACGUUUCACAGGUCUGAUAGCGCUCCGGAAGGCCACCGCACGGACGAUUACGUGACGUCACAGAACGAAGGGAACGACAGUGGCCUGGAGAGGGCUACGGGGCGCGCCGUGCCGGCUGGCACCGAGGACCACGCGACUCCUCUCACGGGCGAGGAGCUGCCGCCCGAGCUCGAACUGGUCGCCGACUCGGGCGUAGAGCGCGUGCCGGGUCCCAAGCCGCAGGAGCCCGCGCUGUCGGCGCCCGAGUGGUUCCCGGCUCUGACGGAUCCAGUGCCGGAGGACUGGACCGUGGAAGAGGGGCGCUUCGUCAUCUGCUACUCGAGCAUGGUCAGCCACCUGGGCACCAACCUGUUCAUCGCGCCCGAGUCGCGGUUGGACGACGGCAUCGCCUGGCUGCUCAUCAUUCGUGGAGACGUGACCCGAUUCCAGGUGCUCAGCUACUUCAAGGCGCAGGAGGCCGGCCAGCACGUGGACUUGCCCUUCGUGCGCCUCAUACCGGUGCGGGCGUUCCGCCUGGAGAGCUUCUCCGAUAGCACCAUCACCGUCGAUGGCGAGGCCGUCAAGACGAAGAUUCUGCAGGCCCGGGUGCUGCCUUCUCUGGGACGAAUUCUGACUUUCUAGGAUUCUACGAGACGAUGUGAUUUUAGACGCAUCGCCAACAGGGACAAGUACAUGUUUGUAGUCCCUCUGGGAAGCGUGCCAGAAUUGUCUUGAUCUGCCAACUUUCGGCAGUAUAGCUUUUUGAAAAGUUUCUCAAAAGCCAAUCAUGUUCAGCGGCAUGCGAGCUAAGUUUUUGUUCAAGUUGACCAGCUAUCGACUCAACUGCCUCCUCUAGUGCAUCCCCGAGACCGGUGGCCAGUGCAAGAACCGUGUGUUUGUGCGCGCCUCGCGAACAUUUGUGUGCAGUUUCUUUAGGAGCGCAGAUCGUUCCACGACGAAGGAAAUAGACACUUGUCUAUUGGUGCAGAUGCUACAAUCUUCAUUCCAAGGGCAGGGAUCAAAUGUAGAUUGUGAUGUUUUAGUACGUGCUGACCUGACGUCACAGUACAUGACGUGGGAAUGGCACGGUCUUGAUGGUUUGAUAUUUACGUUUUUUUUUGUGCUAUGGUUUUGGUUGAAUGGGGUAGCGUUCCUUCCCUACCCCAAAUUAUUUUUGCGACUUUUUGCGAUUUUUCCCACUGCCGAGUAAUCCUUUUUUAUCUCGGAAAUUUCGUGGUAGUGUUGACCUCUAAUCCCCGGAACUGUGAUGGCCCAACGAUCCUCCGAGUCUUCCACCGUGCGUGUACUGGGUUUGUGCUCACAUUUCUUGUACUACAAGACUGUGUUUGCCAGCGAACAUACGCCGUUGUAGAAGCGUCGCUGUUGCUGGCGUACCAUCUCGCAUAUUGAGUAUCUUAAAACGAGUGAGCACUGUCGUCAUCUUUACCAAGGAUCGGUCUCUUAUCGCUUCGACUUCUAAUCUACUGGUAUUGCCCAUUGCGUAUUGCCCAUUGUUGUUAACAGCUGUCUGUUUCGUGCACUGACCUUUGGCUACCCGUGUCACUGGACAAGGGUCCUCUUUCUCCAGAAUUAUAGGAGAAUGAACACUGCUCGAAGAACCCUGCAUAGUGCUCAAAACUCCUAGCAGUUGCACCAGGCUCUGUUAUCCGCACUCGCGAAGCUUGCACGUGCUGUUGAUUUCGCGAUCGGUUUUGCAUACGUCAAGUCUAAUGCAAGCGUGUCCUAAAAAGCUGCCGUCAGGGUGCGCUGGUAACUAGAAGCGGCUUAGAACAUGGCCUCUGAGAUGGGGCGGUGCGCGCUGCCCGAUCUCCGAGGCUAUGUCUAGACGCGGCAAGCUCCUCUUCACAUCACGUGACGGCGCUUCGGCGCAGUCGCGAGAUGCGUCUGGGCAAAAUUGGGCCGUUGGUGCUGCAAUACCUGUAUGUUUGUGCAUGUGUGCGUUGGUUAAUUUUGCACUCAGAUGGCUCUACGAAGGGUACGACGGCUACCUCGACCUACAGAUGUGACUGUUCGACGUACUUUUCGAUGAUCCUCCGCAACGGUGUGUGUUGCAAGAUGACGGAUAAACUGCGUACAAUACCUCCCCCCCCCCCUUUAUUUUUGCGCGUGUGUGUGAGAGUAUGUUAACGCUUUUACGUGAAAGACAUCACGUGACUGCGGAAAUGAUGAUGGGUGAGGAACGGUAACCCGUUUGACGGCGAAGUUGCCUGGUGCAGUGGUGGGGUGUGGUCGAUAUAUAUAUCGGCACUGACUAUUGUCUCGUAGAGAUGUAUAUUCAAGUAUUUUUUACAAGUGAGUGCGAAGGAUCGCUAGGGGCAUUCGUGCGAAACUAUGCCCUGCGCGACAAAGUGAGAAUAAGGAAGACUCUGUUGUAACCCCGUGGAUGUGUGCAUAUUAGAUUAAACGCAGUGACCGUCUCCAAAUGCACAGGUGCCUUCUCGACCGGUGGUCUCUGAUCUUCCCGUAUUGUCCGUCAUGAGCAGCUCUAUAUGUAAGGACGAAAUAAAUCGAUUGAUGAAUACGCUGUCA